UUGUGUCCUCGGUGCAUUUGUGCGCAGGCUCUGACGGCAGAAAUUGUCAAGACGAUCCGGGACAUCAUUGCCUUGAACCCGCUUUACAGAGAAUCGGUGCUCCAGAUGAUGCAGGCAGGACAGAGGGUGGUCGACAACCCUAUCUACUUGAGCGACAUGGGAGCUGCGUUGACAGGGGCUGAAUCACAUGAACUGCAGGACAUUCUGGAAGAGACAAAUAUUCCAAAACGCCUCUACAAAGCACUCUCACUGCUCAAGAAGGAAUAUGAGCUCAGCAAGCUCCAGCAGCGCCUCGGGCGAGAGGUGGAGGAGAAGAUCAAGCAGACACACCGCAAAUACCUCCUGCAAGAGCAGCUGAAGAUCAUCAAGAAGGAGCUGGGUCUAGAGAAGGAGGACAAGGACGCCAUUGAGGAGAAGUUCCGAGAGCGCCUGAAGGAGCUGGUGGUCCCCCAGCACGUCAUGGAGGUGAUUGAUGAGGAGCUGAACAAGCUGGGGCUCCUGGACAACCAUUCCUCUGAGUUCAAUGUCACCCGUAACUACUUGGACUGGCUGACAUCCAUCCCAUGGGGCAAAUGCAGCGAGGAGAACUUGGAUCUUGUCCGUGCCCAGGCCGUUCUGGAGGAGGACCAUUACGGCAUGGAGGAUGUCAAGAAAAGAGUGCUGGAAUUCAUUGCCGUCAGCCAGUUGCGGGGCUCCACCCAAGGGAAGAUCCUCUGUUUCUAUGGACCCCCGGGGGUUGGCAAGACCAGCAUUGCCCGCUCCAUUGCUCGGGCCCUCAACCGGGAAUACUUCCGCUUCAGCGUUGGUGGGAUGACUGACGUGGCAGAAAUCAAAGGGCACAGGCGGACAUAUGUGGGAGCCAUGCCUGGGAAGAUCAUCCAGUGCCUCAAGAAGACCAAGACAGAGAACCCCCUGAUCCUCAUUGAUGAGGUGGAUAAAAUUGGGCGCGGCUACCAAGGAGAUCCCUCCUCUGCCCUCCUUGAGCUGCUGGACCCAGAGCAGAAUGCCAACUUCCUGGAUCACUACCUUGAUGUGCCCGUGGAUCUCUCCAAGGUUCUCUUCAUCUGUACUGCCAACGUGACUGAAACGAUCCCAGAACCCCUGCGGGACAGGAUGGAGAUGAUCAACGUCUCAGGAUAUGUAGCCCAAGAGAAGUUGGCCAUAGCAGAGCGGUAUUUGGUUCCUCAGGCCCGCGUCCUGUGUGGGCUGGACGAGAGCAAGGCCUCCAUCACACCCGAUGUGCUGACUGUUCUCAUCAAGCAGUAUUGCAGGGAGAGUGGUGUGAGGAAUCUCCAGAAGCAAGUGGAGAAGGUGUUGCGGAAAUCAGCGUACAAAAUUGUAAGUGGGGAAGCAGAGAAAGUUCAAGUGACACCCGAAAAUCUCCAAGACUUUGUUGGGAAACCCAUCUUCACUGUGGAUCGGAUGUAUGACAUGACUCCCCCUGGGGUGGUGAUGGGCCUUGCCUGGACAGCCAUGGGUGAGAAAACACAUGGGUCAAACUGUGGGUGGUGUUACAGGAGUCCUAGUUUUCAGUUUUGGGUGGCCACAAAUCUUUUGCCUGAGAAGCCUGAGAAGCAAGCACCGCGGCCUUGA